CAUUCAAUAUAAAAUUAAAUCGUAAUUAAAUGAAAUGAGACAUGACAAGCAAUAACAAAAAUGCUACAUUUCUUUUCCUAAAUCCAGCCAAUUACAAAGAACCGAACCCCCAUCACGAUUCACAUUUCCGAAACAAAAUCUCCAAGCAAAACCACCCUUUUCAUGUGGACUCUUUAGAUGGGUUGUAUAUUUUGGCUUUCUGGAUGCUUUUGAGGCCAGCAUUCUUGAUGGAACUUGUUCUUACCAAAUGGGUAUGCGCAUUUCUACUGUGCUGUUGGCUCUUCGUUUCUGGAGUGUACUCAGUGGAGGGAUUGCGUGGGGACUCUAAAGUGAGAGGGGUGAACUUGGGAGGGUGGUUGGUUGUGGAAGGUUGGAUUAAGCCUUCACUUUUUGAUGACAUUCCCAAUGAAGACAUGCUGGAUGGAACACAGGUACAGCUAAAGUCAGUCACCUUGGAGAAGUACGUCUCUGCUGAAAAUGGUGGAGGGAUGAAUGUCUCAGUUGAUAGAGAUAUUGCAUCUUCAUGGGAAACCUUUAGGUUAUGGAGAGUUUCUGAGUCAGAAUUUCAGUUUCGCACCUUGCAAGGACAGUUUCUAACAUGUGAUGGAGAAGGUUGCUUUUUUUCUGCUGCAGAACCACCUCCAACACUAGGAACCUUUAACAUUGAAAGAAAUAACAAUGGUAGAGUUCACAUCAGAACAAUAAAUGGCACAUAUUUGCAGGCUACACUGCAAACUCAGCUAACGGCAGACUAUCCGGGGAAGCCAGGAUGGGAAGAUAAUGCAGCCACAUUUGAGAUUACAAUUGUUGCUAACACCUUGCAUGGAGAUUACCAGCUUACAAAUGGAUAUGGAUACAGUAAGGCCAAAGAUAUUCUUAAGAGGCAUAGAAACAGUUUCAUCACUGUAGGAGAUUUCAGUUUUCUGUAUAGACAUGGAAUAAAUACUGUGCGGGUUCCUGUUGGCUGGUGGAUUGCUUAUGAUCCUGAUCCUCCUGCACCAUUUAUCGGUGGAACUUUGGAAGCUCUAGAUAAUGCAUUCUCGUGGGCACAAGCCUAUAAUAUUAAGUGCAUAAUUGAUCUUCACGCGGCUCCUGGAUCCCAGAACGGGAUGGAACAUAGUGCUAGUAGAGAUGGUUCGACAGACUGGCCUAAUCCUGAUUACAUUUCACAGACACUGCACGUUAUAGAUUUCCUAGCUUCCAGGUAUGCAAGGCAUCCUGCUUUGCUGGGAAUCGAGCUUUUAAAUGAACCAUCUGCAGCCGCAGUUCCAUUGGAUACUUUAGUUUCGUAUUACAAACAAGGCUAUCAAAUUGUUCGGAAAUACUCAUCAGCCACUUACGUAAUAGUUUGCCAAAGAAUUGGCAAUGCGGACCCAUUGGAACUUUAUCAGGCUAACAUAGACUCACAUCAUCUAGUGGUGGAUUUGCAUUAUUACAAUCUUUUUGAUAAUUUCUUUGUUAAUAUGAGUGCUGUGGACAAUAUGCAAUUUAUAUACAAGAGCAGGGAAGCUCAAUUACAGGCCCUCAACAGUGCAAACGGUCCACUUGUUCUUAUCGGAGAGUGGGUGAAUGAAUGGAACGUGACAAAUGGCUCUCAGACAGAUUAUCAAGACUUUGGGAGGGUUCAGUUAGAGGUUUAUAAUUUGGCUUCCUUCGGAUGGGCAUACUGGACACUGAAAAACGACAGACCACACUGGGAUUUUGAAUGGAACAUCAAGAACAAUUGUCUCCAGUUGGGGAAUUCGCCCAAAAACUGGAAUGUUAACGGUCUAGUGUUGCUUGGAUCAGCAUAUGUAUCAUUCUAUCUGCAUAAUAUAUUGUGAAAUAUCAUACCUGAGAUGCAUCAUGGCUCAGCAACCGGAGAGGAUAUCUGUUUGCAGGUUUUUAUUCUUCUUUCUUGCUCAACAACGAUGGCAUUUAUAUCGUUCCAUAUUGUUUUGCAAAUUUGCUGAGUCGAAUAACAAAAUUGUGGAAAAAAGAGUAUCUACAGAAAAUGUCAAUGAAUUUGUAACAGCUUUGAGGCUAUAUGUAUUACAUCCUUUGCAAAAAUAUAUAGGAAAUUUUUUUUGUCCUAA